GUGAGGAUCAAGAUGACACAAUAUUCAAAAGCCUUGAUGCCGAAAUGAUUAGGAAGAAUUUGAAAGCAGCCCAUGUGAAAGUUCACAUUGAUAAUUUGAUCCCACCAAAAGAUGGACACUCCAUAAGAGCUAUCAGUGACAAACACGUCCAAGAUCUUGUAAAGUCCUUUCGAAAAUCAUUUGAUCCAUACACGGUCCUCAUAGGAUUAGCCUCCACAAAAGCGGACAUCUCUAAAAUGUCAAUUCCAAACCAGGAGCCUGUGGAAAUUCUAGGAGGAAACCAUACCGUUGCAGCUUUAAAGCAACUGGCAGGAGAAAAUAGUGAGGCUUACAAAAAUGUGUACAUGGACAUAUACACAAAUCUCACUGAAGCUCAGGCUCUUUCAUUAUCCUAUAAGCAUAAUGAACUACAUGAAAACUCCCAGGAAUUAUCUUUCUCUGAGAAAGUUGUCUUCUUUCUACAAGUUUUUUGA